GCCGCUUGUCCCUUUGACUCGCGUUAAAACCGGUGAGCGAGAGCGUUGUUGCAAAAUGUUCCUGCAUUGUUCGUUGCAAGAAGGUCAAUAGGCGCAAGCGAGUAUGUCUGAACCAUGGCUUUACCCUACCGUUUUACUAUGUAUUUAUGGAUUUUUCUGCAGCCACAGACCACUGGAACCUUUUCUAACCCCGUUUUUGAUGGGACCUGAUAAAAACCUGACGGAGACAGAGGUUGUGAGUGAGAUCUAUCCAUUCUGGACAUAUUCCUACCUUGUGCUGCUUUUCCCUGUUUUCCUGGCCACAGAUUACCUUCGCUAUAAGCCUGUGCUCAUUGUCCAGGCGGCCAGCUUCAUAGUGACAUAUGCUUUGCUUGUGAAAGCCCAGAGUGUGAGGACCAUGCAGUUAUUGGAGUUCUUUUUUGGUCUGGCAACUGCCACUGAAGUUGCCUACUACUCCUACAUCUACAGUGUCGUGGAGCCAUCUCAUUAUCAGAGGGUGACUGGUUUUUGCCGCAGUGUCACACUGUUGGGCUCAGCCAUUGGCUCACUCAUCGGACAGAUUCUGGUGUCUGUAGCCCAGGUGCCUCUGUUUUACUUGAGCAUCAUCACACUGGUGUCCUCCUGCAUAGCCUUUGUUGCCCCUUGGUUCCUACCCAUGCCCAGUAAGAGCCUGUUCUUUCACCACAGAGAGAGCAGCUCUCAGGAUGAAGGAGCUCUGGAACCCAUUACCGGCAGUCAGCUGAUCGAGAAGCCAGAUGAUCCAGAGUCCAAAAUACAGCUUAGUGCAGAUGAAAGAACGACUCUCAAGGACAAUACUAGUAGUAGUGGAUUACUGGAAGUGUUAAAAAUGCUCUGGUCAGACUUCCUUGAGUGUUACUCCUGCUCUACCCUACUGGCCUGGUCAGUGUGGUGGGCUUUAUCCACAUGUGGUUACCUCCAGGUGAUUAAUUAUGCUCAAGCACUUUGGGAGAAAAUCUUACCUUCCAGUGAUUUUGAGAUCUACAAUGGAUACGUGGAGACAAUAUCUACCUUGCUUGGUGCUUUUGCAGCAUUUGUUGUAAGCUUUGUGAAAGUGUCCUGGGCAGUGUGGGGAGAACUCGCCCUCUGCAUUUUCUCUGUGGUAAUUGCAGUGUGUGUGUACCUCAUGGACACCAUCCGAAAUAUCUGGGUUUGCUACACUUCCUACAUGCUCUUCAGAGCUACCUACAUGCUGCUUAUCACCAUAGCAACGUAUCAGAUAGCUGCUAACCUAAGUAUGAGAAGAUAUGCUUUGGUUUUUGGAAUAAACACUUUCAUCGCACUUCUACUGCAGACGAUUCUUACAGUGAUUGUAGUAGAUUCUGCCGGUCUAGGCCUGGACAUUUUUCUACAGUUUCUGAUCUAUGCAAGUUACUUUGCUGUAAUAGCUGUGAUAUUCUUGAUUGCUUGGCUGUAUAAACUGUACAAAAGAAGGCGACCUGAAGGACAGAAUGAAUUACCCUCAACAGAAACCGUUCCAGAGGCUUGAAACACCUUACAUCAGCAUCCGUUAAGCACAAGGUUAUAGAAUAGUCUUUCCGUUCAACUGAAUGCAUAGGUUAAAAUAAUGUAUCAGGUCAAAUAGGUCAAAAUCAAUAAUAACUGUAUAUUAAGAAAAUGCAGCAUUUCCAAAUCAGUCACAGAUCCAGCUUUAAAGGUUAUAAAAGCACUGGUGAUUUUGAUAACGGAGUUCACAAUUAUACACUGAAAGUGGCCGUUGGGGGUCACAGAGUGUGAAGAACAAAAUGCACUUAUUUAUUAUUUUAUUUACACCAUUAUGAUGCCUUUACUUGAAUCUAAGCAACUAGGUCAAAAUAAGUAGUCUGACUUUUUAGCCAAUACUAUCACAUGAAUGUAAGCGCUUGUAUGAAUCUGCAAUCUUUUCUGUUUUUCUCUGACACAUUUGAGGAAUUAUGGUACUUUCACUGCAAAUUACAUUUUUUACACACAUUUUGAUUUUGAAUAGAUAUAUUCAUAUGAAGAUGAAAAAAAACAACACUUGGUGCUGUUUUCUUCACUGACUAUCAAAAAUAUUUUUCUUUGUCAGCUCAUUUGGUUGGAGCUGAUUUUGAAUAGCAGCACAAUUAUGAUUGUGAUUAUUGCUUUUUUUAUUAUAAAAAAAGAGAGCGAUGAUAUGUGACCUUUUAGACACAACCUUGUCAGUAUUUUUUGUCUGUUUGUGGUCUGUCAAGGAAAAUAUUUCCAAAUGAAGCGACAAAACAAUCAACCUCUGUGCAACACGAAGUAGUAUGAUUUUGUUUUUGUCUGAAUCAGUGACUAAAUCAAACAGACA